AUGAUAAUUUUGAAUUUACCAUAAAAUCCUAUUGGAAAUUAAUUAAUAAAUGUAAUAUUUUUUAUAGUAUUUUCAUUUGAAGAAUUAGAUAGAUUGGCAGAAACAUUAAAAAAAUAUCCUUAAGUUAUAGUAUGUGAAGAUGAUGCUGUAUAUCAUCAUGGUGUUUUUGAUGAUUAUUUGUAUUUUCAUAUCCUAGAUGUAUAUAACUCAUCCAAAAUAUAAAUCAAAGAAUGUAUGUAUAGAAAUAAGAGAUUUAUUUGA